CAUCAAAAAGCAACAAAGCAAAAUGUCAUCACAAGCAGGACAGAUCCCCAAACAGCUUUCGCCCGAGGACCAACAAAAAAAACGGCAGCAACAAAUGCAUGCUAUUGCGAUGGCGCAAAAGCAGGCUACGAUGCGGCAACAAACUGCACAGCAGAUGGGAGCCGGGAGUCAGAUGGGAUACCAGCAGAUGGGAAUGGGCCAACCUUACGACGACAUUCCCGCCGAUGAUCCAAGCGACAUACAUAUUCUCACUGGACGAGGAGUCAGCGUACCAGACUUUCUCAAAUUUCUGUGUGCCUGCCGAGAGGGUGACUUAUCUAAUGUCGAGUCAAUUGUUGCCUCUCAAACCCGCUCGCCACUCUUCCUUCACCAUGGCUUGCUUGACGCCAUGAAAAACGGCAAAGUCGAAAUUGUACGCUAUCUCCUCCAGUCUGGAACACCGAUUUCGCGAAAAACCCCAGAAAUUAUCCUCAGGGCCCCAGCAGAUCAACAAGUUGCCUUAUUUCAGCUCCUUACAGAACACGGUUGGACAGUCAAUACACCAGAGCGCCUCCUCCCAAGGCUCAUUCAGACAAACAACGAACCACUGCUUGAUUGGUUUCUGGAGCAUGGUGCAGAUCCCAACCUUGGCGGGCCUGAAGCAGAUCCAGACCAAGCUCUCAGACUCGCAGCCUCACAGGGGACCGUUGGAUUAGUGCAGAAGCUUCUUAAUGGCGGAGCCAAGAUGACCAGCAAGGGAUUGGGAUUAUUCUAUGCUGCAGGUGCUUGUCCUGCCGGCUCUAUUCCCCAUGCAGGACUCGUUCAACCCAGCGCUGAGUUUGACAAGUCCAGAAUACCCGUUAUGGCACUGUUAGUAGACAAUGGCGCUGGUGUAAAUGACAAACUUGAGACACAGCACAUGACAGCGCAAUACCCGAUCGUAAAUGCAGUCAUGGCCGGUGCUGUUGAGAGGGUCAAGUGGCUUUUGAGCCAGGGCGCAGAUCCUGAUCUGAAGGGGCAGUACGGGAGCGCCAGAGACUACGCCAAGUUUAGGUCGAGCGAUGAAAUGAAACAGGUGCUAGGAGUGAGCGGUACAUAGGACCCCAUAAGGAUCGGGAUUUAAAUUACAAGGUGGAUCUACUUUAUGUCGAUUGAUUGAAAACCUGCCCAUGCAUGCAUGAAUCUGCUGACAGGAUUGAGGAUCCGCUGAUUGCAAUCUUGCGUUAUUGCGCAGCCCAAGAGUCGGCCUUGAUCUGUUAAAAUUAGCAAGGAUAGUGCAGGGAUGGGACGGAUGGC